UCGGAAGCGCAGGCUCGCAGCACGGCGCUUGGGGGGGGCUCCCCAGCACCUCAGCCUCGAGUCCCCAGCCCGCUGCACCUCCGGGCCCCCCUAACCCUCUAGAGGCACCAGGAGUUGUCGCAAGGGGGCCUUGGGAAAUUCCCUGGACCCCAGUGCCAGGAGGUGCCCGGUUCGCCCGCUCCCCAUCCACCCCCCCGAGGGCGGUGCCCGGGGGCGCUGCCCCAUGGAGCGGGGAGGCGGGCGCCGUCUGCUGCGGGAGCCGUGACCUGAGUAGGAGCUGUGUGUCGCAGCCGCCCCACCCCUGCCGAUCAUGCGCCGGCGACCCUGGUUCGCUAGUCCCAUCGGGCUGUGAGCCCCCCACUCCCGGCCUGUCAAGGCCCGCGCGCCAUGGGCAGCGCCCACCCUCGCCCCUGGCUGCGGCUCCCACCCCGGCCCCAGCCGCGGCCUGAGCUCUGGGCGCUCCUGUUCUUCCUACUGCUGCUGGCUGCCGCUGUGCCCAGGUCAGCACCCAACGACAUCCUGGGCCUCCGCCUACCCCCAGAGCCUGUGCUGAACGCCAACACAGUGUGCCUGACAUUGCCCGGCCUGAGCCGGCGGCAGAUGGAGGUGUGUGUGCGUCACCCUGACGUGGCCGCCUCUGCUAUCCAGGGCAUCCAGAUCGCCAUCCAUGAGUGCCAGCAUCAGUUCCGGGACCAGCGCUGGAACUGUUCCAGCCUGGAGACUCGGAACAAAGUCCCCUACGAGAGUCCUAUCUUCAGUAGAGGUUUUCGAGAGAGUGCUUUCGCCUAUGCCAUAGCAGCUGCUGGGGUGGUGCACGCAGUGUCCAACGCGUGUGCCCUAGGUAAACUACAGGCUUGCGGUUGCGACGCCUCCAGGCGUGGGGAUGAAGAAGCUUUCCGUCGGAAGUUGCACCGCCUGCAGCUGGAUGCGCUGCAGCGCGGUAAGGGCCUGAGCCACGGGGUCCCAGAACACCCUGCUUUGCCCCCUGCCAGCCCAGGCCUGCAGGACUCCUGGGAGUGGGGUGGCUGCAGCCCGGAUGUGGGCUUCGGAGAACGCUUCUCCAAGGACUUUCUGGACUCCCGGGAGCCUCACAGAGACAUCCACGCGCGCAUGAGACUCCACAACAAUCGUGUUGGCAGGCAGGCGGUGAUGGAGAACAUGCGGCGAAAGUGCAAGUGCCAUGGCACCUCAGGCAGUUGCCAGCUCAAGACUUGCUGGCAGGUGACGCCUGAGUUUCGUGCAGUGGGGGCGCUGCUGCGCAAUCGCUUCCACCGCGCCACUCUCAUCCGGCCGCACAACCGCAACGGUGGCCAGCUGGAGCCCGGCCCCGCCGCUGGGGCACCCUCGCCAGCUCCUGGCACUUCAGGGCUGCGCCGAAGGGCCAGCCACUCCGACCUGAUCUACUUUGAGAAAUCUCCCGACUUCUGUGAGCGCGAGCCGCGCCUGGACUCGGCGGGCACCGUGGGCCGCUUGUGCAAUAAGAGCAGCUCGGGUCCUGACGGCUGCGGCAGCAUGUGCUGUGGCCGCGGCCACAACAUCUUGCGCCAGACGCGCAGUGAGCGAUGCCACUGCCGUUUCCACUGGUGCUGCUUCGUGGUCUGCGAAGAAUGCCGAAUCACCGAGUGGGUCAGCGUCUGCAAGUGAGCGGGCCCAGGCUCCUCUGAGUCUCAGGAAAGGAUCUCCAUCUGGUGCCUGGCUUCUGCAGAUAGCGAUCUGGGCCAGACAGCAAGCAUCCUUAGCUCCUGAGAGAGGUAGUUGGCUCUUCCUGCUCUUAAGAUCUGCAAUCACCAGACAAUCUAGACCUGACUGACACCCACUCUGUGGGUUCCCCUCUUCCAGCUCCUAGCUCAGACAGCUGGGGGUGAUGUUGGAGACUGCCCCACACCCUAGUACGUGUCACCAAAGCAGCCCAGCCUGGCAGGCCUAUUUCCUGUCAUAUUUCUCCCCUUCCCCAGGAGUGGCAGGCAUUGCACUGAAGCUGAUGGACUGGGGGAAGAAAACUAAAAUGAAGAAAUAGGCACGAUCAGGCUGAAGUGAUGAUUCUAUAAGGCCCCAGAUACCCUCUUGCAGAGGGUUCUGCCCCUAUUGUUCAUUUAACAGAUAUUUAUUUUGCACUCUCUUUGUGGCGCUCUCUGGGGAAAGAGAGGCCUUCUGGAGUUUACAGGCUUACUAAGGCAGGUGGGCAAUAAACCAGUAAACACACAAACAA